GGGGCGGGGGCGGGCGGCAGCAGCGCCCCGCAGUCCCCGCGCCUCAAACACUUGCCGCGAUCGCUGGCGCGCAGCGUCGCCCCGCGUUGCGCGCUUGUCUCUCCCUCCCACUCCGCGGCUCCCGCGCUCUGGGACAGUCUCCAGCGCCUAGCGCGGACCGACGUACAGACGGCCGGCCCAGGGAGCCUCGGCCCGCGCCCCCUGAGCAGGCUAUGUGGAUUGCCCCGCCGGGCCCGGCCGGCGGGAUCAGCACAGCCCGGCCCGUGGCACCCGCCACCAGCGGGGACUAUGACCCGGAAAGCGCGGCGCUGCCUGGGCCACCUCUUUCUCAGCCUGGGCAUGGUCUACCUCCGGAUCGGUGGCUUCUCUUCGGUGGUCGCUCUGGGUGCGAGCAUCAUCUGUAACAAGAUCCCAGGCCUGGCUCCCAGACAGCGGGCAAUCUGCCAGAGCCGGCCGGACGCCAUCAUCGUCAUAGGAGAAGGCUCCCAAAUGGGCCUGGACGAGUGUCAGUUUCAGUUCCGCAAUGGCCGCUGGAACUGCUCAGCUCUGGGAGAGCGCACUGUCUUCGGGAAGGAGCUUAAAGUGGGGAGCCGGGAGGCUGCCUUCACCUACGCAAUUAUUGCUGCGGGUGUGGCCCAUGCCAUCACAGCUGCCUGCACCCAGGGCAACCUGAGCGACUGUGGCUGCGACAAGGAGAAGCAAGGCCAAUACCACCGGGACGAGGGCUGGAAGUGGGGUGGCUGCUCUGCCGACAUCCGCUACGGCAUCGGCUUCGCCAAGGUCUUCGUGGAUGCCCGGGAGAUCAAGCAGAAUGCCCGUACCCUCAUGAACUUACACAAUAACGAGGCAGGCCGGAAGAUCCUGGAGGAGAACAUGAAGCUGGAGUGUAAGUGCCACGGCGUGUCGGGCUCCUGUACCACUAAGACGUGCUGGACCACGCUGCCACAGUUCCGGGAGCUGGGCUACGUGCUCAAAGACAAAUACAACGAGGCCGUCCACGUGGAACCGGUGCGUGCCAGCCGGAACAAGCGGCCCACCUUCCUGAAGAUCAAGAAGCCCCUGUCCUACCGUAAGCCCAUGGACACUGACCUGGUGUACAUUGAGAAGUCACCCAAUUACUGUGAAGAGGACCCAGUGACAGGCAGCGUGGGUACGCAGGGCCGUGCCUGUAAUAAGACAGCCCCUCAGGCUAGCGGCUGUGACCUCAUGUGCUGCGGCCGUGGCUACAACACACACCAGUAUGCCCGAGUGUGGCAGUGCAACUGCAAAUUCCACUGGUGCUGCUACGUCAAGUGCAACACGUGCAGUGAGCGUACCGAGAUGUACACGUGCAAGUGAACGGAGGUCACAGGUCGGAUCGCAGGCAGGCAGGACGCAAUCUCCCUGUCGGCCGGCCGCUGCCUGGAUGCUCACAGGGAACCACAGAAGCACUGACCUUGUCUUUUCUGCUGAGGGGGGAGGGGUAUUCUGGGUUUCCUGCAGACUCCUGUGGGAAGAAUCUCUCAGAGGCCUCGCCCAUUCUGUUCCACACGGAUGCCGCUCGGCCGCCCUCCCCCAGACACCGCCCAGGCCCCUCCACAGCUGGAACAAAGUUUUCUGCGGCAGGCACUCUGGAGCCUCGGGCCUCGUCAUAGCAAUAUUUAACAAUUUAUUCUGAUAAGAAAUAAUAUUAAUUUAUUUAAUUAAAGAGAAUUCUUCCACUUCGUCGGGAUCCGUUUUCUGCAAUCAAAGUGGACUGCUUGAGGUCCUGGUGGGAUGACUUUGUCGCUAGGCCUGGGAGCUGUGAACAACUGUACAUAAUUAUUCUUUAUGCAGAUGUUUCUACUAGUUGAUUUUGCAAGUACCCUUCUGCAGCACUAGAUGUUAAGUACAAAGAGAAGAUGGUCUUUAUACACAUAUAGAUAUAUAUGCACACACGUUUGUAUUUUUUGUUUUGUUUUGUUUUUGCUGUUUGCUGCUACCUAUCCAGACUCUAAGCUGGUCCAGAUCUGGAGUAGUUCUUCUCCAGGACAUGCCCCCAUCGUUUUGCCCUCCACAAUUCAAACCUCACUGUUAGAAAAGUCCCACUGGGAACAGUAUGUAUCAGGGGACAGGAAUCAUAAACCCCCGGCAGUUUCCAUCUCUGGAAAGUGAACCACUGGAUAAGAGGAUUUCUAAGAGACUAUUUUUCUAUGGAUAUUUUAUUUAUAUGGAGUCUACCUGUGAUGCCCCAUGGCCCGUGCUUCUUCUUAACACUGGUACUCACUCAGGGGCAGGAGGGCAAGGCCAGGUGUGUGGGCAGGUCCCCUGGAGACCCUCACACAGCUGGGUUCUGGAGUUCCAUUUGCCAAGGGGGCCAUAGUCGUUCCCAGAUGCCUGGGCUGGGGUAUGAUCUGUGUUAAAUGAGAGGGACUCAUCCCCCAGCCUUAGCUUGCUAAACUCAGUUCUUGGAAUGGGGUCACUGGGCGAUAAUCUUAGGAGGCAACCUCAGAAUGAGCUACAGUGGUGGAUGAGUCAGUGUCUUGAACAUUUUGUGGUCAUCAGUAGGACCUGGCACUCAUCAUCAGGCAAAGGCCAGCUCAGGGGUGUUGAUACCUCACCAGCACAGCCCAGCCAGCCUGUGUGCCUACAGGUGAGGUGUAGUCCUCAGAGAAGGGGUCAGGAAGGAGGGGGAAGAAGGGAGCCAAGAAUCCUCGGCCCAGUGAAAGUGGCGGGUGUGGCCCCUCUGCAGCAGACCCAGCUGCACCCGAGUCUCCCAACCAGGAAACCCUCAAGAAAGCUGGGGGUAUUUCCAUGUGUGUCACAUGCAUUUCCACCUGUGUGCAUGCAUGCACAUUUACACACUCCUAUGCCAGCUCUUUGAAGUACCUCCAGAGUGCUCACAUGUGGAUGUGCUUGCAUGUAUCUCCAUGUGCCUGGGAGAUCAGAUCAUGUGUAUGGAGCUGUAUGCCUGAGCAUCUGUGGUCCCAGGGGGUAUUGCUGGGUGUCCAUGUCUGUGGGUGGGGUGCGAAGUAGACAGCAGGGAACUAUUUUGAUUGUGUUGAGCCACAAAGAGACUGCAACUCUGAACUCUAUCUCCACAGCUGCUGGUGAAACUCAAAUGCCUGUGAGACCACAGCCCUGUGACCUGUGUGCUGGGAGCCCCUCAGUGCCUAGGUCAUAUCCAGUUCCCCACCUGGGUUACAGCAUGAAAAUAAACAUGGCUGGAUGGCUGA